AUGACCUUGACGUCUAUGCUUCAGCCACAUACUUUGUCACUGGGUGAGGAAUACGACGUGCGUGUUAUCAACAGCUUCAGAGACAACUCCUCUCUGCCUUUAGUGAUCUGGUGCACCUCGCCACAAGGUGAUCUCGGUGGUCGCGCACUUCAAGAGGGAGAUGACUUCCAAUGGACGGCCAGGAUCGAGCUGUGGUCGUGGAGGGCAGAGUACACGUGUACAAUGAAGUGGGAGUUGAAGAGGAAGAGGUUCAAGGCGUUUAAGGUUUCUAGAGACAGCAAUAGAUGUGGAAUUACAAAGAAAUGUUCUUGGUCCGUUAGAGAAGAUGGAUUUUAUUUUAGCAGUGACGAGGUUUAUUGGACCAAAGAUUUUUCUUGGUGA